AAUCAGAAUCUGCUGCAAGACAGACACAGAUAUGCUUGUUAAUGCUUUGUAAGAAUGUUCUCACACUAAUAGUGUUACCUCGAGAGGCUGGGGUCGAUAUUUAUGAUAAUAACUUGCGAAAGUUAGUAAACUGAGUGCGGAGGUUGUUGCUAGUUACUGCGAAAAAUACGCGCAUUUUAGCCUUAGGGGGUACGCUGAUUGUGAUUCAAAGUUUAUUUGACUGCCUGUAAACACAGCACUGCAUAACAGUUUCGCCAAGCAUAUGGGGACAUUUUGUGAGAUUUGCUAAAAAAAAAAAAAUGCAAACAUAACAUAAAUAAUUUGAGCCUAGGCAAAUGUUUAAAAUCAAGUUAAUGGUUGACUAAAACAGUCUAAGCUGCCUGGUCUCUGGGUACAUGCCCUCAGUUCUGCUGUUGGAAGUGGGGGUGAGAGGAAGAUGAAGAGCCUGCUAGCAUUGCUGUUCUGUAUAGGAGCCUUGGUGGCCUCUACUGGUGCACAGCUGCCUUAUUCACAGCUUCCCGAACAGCACAGAAGAGCCAUUGACCGCAUUGUGGAGAACUUCAAUUCAAAUCAGAGAAAAGCUUUCCGUUUCUACAAACUCAUUGAGCCUGUAAAUGAAACAGAGCUGCCCUUUGACCGCUCCUAUCUUAACCUCCACGUCGUUUUGAAAGAAACAGGAUGUUUACAGAAUGGUGCAAAGAAUCUACACCAGUGCAGAUUCAUUGAUAGAAGGCCGCGAAUGGACUGCUUUGGAUGCUUCAUCGCAGGAAGAGACAAUUUUGAAGAAGAAUUUAUUGAUUGUGUUCAAAGAAACCAAGUCACAGAGGUGAUAAAGAAUAAAAGAGCUGAGGAAUGUGACAAGUUGCACCCAUAUCAUUUUGGUGGAAGUUUAGUGUUGGCUUCAAGAGUCUGAGAGAGAAAGAAGCAGGGCUACGAGCUGAAGACUGAAUGUAAAGAAACUCUGUAAAAUGUGGUAGAGAACAAAAUACCAAUUGCAGCAUUGUGCUGUAAGUGAUAUAAGAUAACUGUGCUGAUGUAUAAAUAGCAUUGCAAAAUGUACACAAAGAUGAAAAUAAAUAACAAUAGCAACAAGGUAAGGGUAUUUGUAAAUCUCUUACCCGCGCCCCAGCAUAUAAUGGAUUUUGUUUCUCUCAUGAUAGUGAGUGGUUGAUUUGAUCGUGGUGUCACCUUGAAAAUGAGAAUCUGAUCAAAGCUGAUUACUUUCAUAAGCUAUUAUUUUUGGUAUGUGAGAGCAUGGCCUGUGUUUUCUAUCUUGAUAGCCUUACCCACGCCUGUUAUAUUUGUUCAUUUCUACUGUCAUAAUGUCAUACUGGCAAUAGUGUAGGAAAUACAGCUUUCUGAUAUUUCUAGUCUUACUUAAAUGUACGAAAAACAUAAGUGCCCUGGGUUGUCUUGAGGUUAAAACCACAGUAUUUAUCUGUCUGGGGAGUUCCUGAGCGGUUAUGUGUUUAAAACUUCACCUGUACCUAAAUCCUUGAUGGAAUAAAUAUAAACCGUAUUAUUUA